GCAAUGCAAGAGAGCUGAAGAGCGAAAAAGGCAAUAGAAGCAGAUGGGGGCUAAAGGAAGUUCAUCUCGCAGACCACGCCAACCUACCAAAAGGAACAUGGUGUGGGUGAGAAAAGAGAAAAAUGAGACUGUAACCCAAACUCUACUAAAGGGGAAUGACCAAUCUCCAACCUCUCCAAAGGUGGCAUCUGUCAUUGUGAGUCAAGAUGGAGUUUUGAAAGCAACUUUUGAAGCACAAGAACAGUCUGGGAAUCGUGGAGCUGAAUCAAAAGAAGAUGGCACUAUUCGUUUUGGGGAAUUCUCAGUGAAUUUGUCAUGUCUGGUGCUGACAUUACCCUUGGUUUUCCAAACCAAUAAGGAGGAGGAACCAAUCGUCUGUGAGUUCCCAGAACAGAUAGAAGAAGAGGCAAUCAUUGUUCCAGCUCAGGAUGACAAAAUUGUGUCUGAAAAACCAGAAGAAAAGAUGGCUAGACACAUUAGGCCACUUUAUAUCAAUGCUCACAUGGAUGGGACUCCAAUCAGUCGUGUCUUGGUAGAUAAUGGAGCUGCAGUCAAUGUCCUUCCAACUUGCAUGCUCUACAAAAUAGGCAAGUCUCUUGAUGAUUUAGUGCAUACUGAGGUUACAAUCAGUGAUUUUACAGGAGGGGUGAAUCGUUUAAGGGGUGUGCUACCUGUUGAAUUAACAGUGGGAAAUAAGACACUGAUGUCUGCGUUUUUUGUGGUGGAUACUGUUGCUACUUAUAAUGCACUUUUGGGGCGUGACUGGAUUCAUUCAAGUUGGUGUGUCCCUUCUUCACUUCACCAGAAACUAAUUUUCUGGAAUGGUAGCAAGGCUAAGGUCGUGUCUGCAGAUGAUAAGCCUUUUUCAACCAACACCCACCUGGUGGAGGCUAGAUAUUAUGAAGAAGACAUUGGUACCAUUCGAUUUUUUGGGAUGGAUAGACAUGGGAAGCCGAUUGGGAUAACAGCAUGUAGCAGACCGUCAUUGUCUACGCGUGUUGUGGAGGAAGUCUGCGAGGAGGCAGACCAGGGUGAUGAAAUAACUUUGGAGGAGCUGGAUCUUGCCCAAGCCAAGCUGGAUGAUUUAAAAGCUGAAGUUCAAGACCCACUGGAGGAGAUCAAUCUAGGGUCUGAAAGUGAACCAAAGGUAACAUUUAUUAGCGGCUCUCUUGAGCUGCAGACACGAGAUCAAAUUGUCAGACUUUUGCAUGAAUUUAAAGACUAUUUUGCUUGGGAUUACUUAGAACUGCCAGCUACACCAAAGGAUGAGUAUCCUAUGCCAAUUACAGACUUGUUGGUUGAUGGAGUAGCCCGUCACAAAAUUCUAUCUUUCAUGGAUGGUCAUAGUGGGUACAACCAAAUUUUUAUUAUAGACGCAGACGUUCCUAAGAUGGCCUUUCGAUGCCCAGGUGAUGUUGGAAAUUUUGAAUGGAUUGUGAGGCCAUUUGGUCUGAAGAAUGCUGGAGCUACUUAUCAAAGAGCCAUGAAUGCAAUUUUUCAUGAUAUGAUUGGUAAGUUCAUGGAAAUCUAUAUUGAUGAUGUUGUGGUGAAGUCACAUGGGGAAGCAGACCACCUGCGUGGUCUGGAGGUUGACAAGAACAAAGCCAGGGCUGUGAUUGAGGCAAAACCACCACAGAACAAGAAGGAGUUGCAAAGAUUUCUUGGCCAAAAGGCUGUCAAAGGGCAGGCACUAGCAGACUUUCUUGUAGAUCAUUCAUGUCUAAACGUGGAAGCAGACGAAGCAAAAGGGAUUAACUUGUUUUCAAUAAGUUUAGUUCCUUGGAAACUUAACUUUGAUGGAUCUAGCAUAGAAACCGUGUCUGGAGCUAGAGUCGUGGUUAUCUCCCCGUCUGGGCUAAAAACACAGAUGUCUUUCCAACUGGAUUUUGAUUGUACAAAUAAUCAAGUAGAAUAUGAAGCUUUGAUUAUUGGUCUUGAGAUGUUGGUGGAGCUUAAAGUAUCCAUGGUUGAGGUUAUAGGGGACUCACAACUAGUCUUGAAGCAAUUGUCUGGUGAGUACAAAUGUGCUAGUCUUGCUUUAGCCCCUUAUUUUGCCUUGGCUGUGCAAUUGCUGGAAGAGUUUGAUGAUGUGUCUAUCAGACACGUCUCUAGAGACCAGAACUAUGAAGCUAAUGAAAUGGCCCAGAUUGCUUCAGGUUUGCGAAUUCUUGAAGGAGAAGCCAUGAUGAACUACUGCUGCGUUGUCUGGGUCCAGAUGAAAGUUUCCAGGUGUUGUCUGAUGUCCAUGACGGGAUUUGUGAUCCAUGGGCCACUUCAAAGAGUUCCAGCCUCUAAACUUAAUUCUAUAGUGAAACCAUGGCCAUUUCGAGGCUGGGCUAUUGACUUAAUUGGUAAGGUGUAUCCCCCUUCAUCAAAAGGUCAUUCAUUUAUUAUAGUGGCAACGGAUUAUUUUACCAAAUGGGUGAAGGCUAAACCAAUGAAGAAGGUAGACCAAUCUGAUGUAAUCAAGUUCAUCAAAGAGGACAUUAUUCACAAAUUUGGUCUGCCAGAAACAAUUACAACAGACCAAGGCACAGUUUUUGUCAGCCAUCAAGUGGAGGCAUUUGCAAAGGAAAUGGGUUUCCGUCUGUUAAAUUCUACUCCUCAUUAUGCACAAGCUAAUGGGCAGGCGGAGGCUUCUAACAAGGUGGUGAUUAAUUUGCUUGAAAAAAUGGUGGAUGACAAUCCCAGACGCUGGCAUGAAUUAUUGUCUAAAACACUAUGGGCUUAUAGAACUUCACAGAGGAGUUCAACCAAAAUGACACCUUUUGCCUUGACAUAUGGCCAUAAUGCAGUCUUGCCAAUGGAGUUAAUAGCCAGGUCUUUAAGAAUAGCAAUUCAACAUAAUCUCCAGUCUAGGGAAUAUGAUGAGGCCAUGAUGCUUGACCUUGAGGACCUUGAAGACACACGUUUGACAGCUUUGGAUAGAUUGCAAGCUCAAAAGCUCAAAAUUGCAAAGUCUUACAACAAGAGGGUAAAAGGUAAAAAUCUGGCAGUUGGUGACUUGGUCUGGAAAGCAAUUUUACCUCUUGGUAAGAAAGAUCACGGAUUUGGGAAAUGGUCCCCAAAUUGGGAAGGACCAUUUCGAAUUCAUGAAGUGUUGAGAGAGGGUGCUUAUUGGUUGGAGUCAUUUGAUGGAAAGCUUCAUCCCAGAAAAAUCAAUGGAAUUUAUCUCAAGCCUUAUUACCUGACAGUCUGGGAGGCAAGAGGCUUAGAGUCUUAAGAAGCUGUCUGAGCCAGGUUCAUACUUCUGUCUGUGCAUAAAUAAGUUGAUUUGCU